AUGGGUUGGAGAGGAAAUUUUGUGUUGUUAAACUGUGUCGUUUUGGCAUUGGCCAUACUUUCUUCUGCAAAGAAAAUUUCAGUUUCUUAUGAUGGAAGAGCUCUAAAGAUAGAUGGGGAAAGAAAAAUUAUAAUUUCUGGUUCCAUUCAUUAUCCUCGUAGCACUCCUGAAAUGUGGCCAAUGUUGAUGAAGAAAGCCAAAGAAGGUGGCAUUAAUGCAAUUGAGACCUAUGUAUUUUGGAAUGCCCAUGAGCCUCAGCGUGGCCAAUAUGAUUUUUCAGGAAAUAAUGAUUUGGUAAAGUUUAUUAAAACAGUACAAGAACAAGGGCUUUAUGCUAUUCUUAGAAUUGGACCCUAUGUUUGUGCAGAGUGGAAUUAUGGUGGGUUUCCUGUUUGGUUGCAUAACCUUCCCGGCAUCCAAUUCAGAACAAAGAAUCAAGUUUACAUGGAUGAGAUGGAAAAAUUUACCACAUUUAUAGUAAACAAAAUGAAGGAAAAUGAGCUAUUUGCAUCACAAGGAGGACCCAUCAUCGUUGCCCAGAUUGAAAAUGAGUAUGGAAAUAUAAAAGGAUCGUACGGUGAAGCGGGGAAUGAAUAUGUGAAGUGGUGUGCUGAGUUGGCACAAUCUUACAACCUUAGUGUUCCUUGGAUAAUGUGUCAAGAAGGAGAUGCUCCUCAACCCAUGAUUAAUACAUGCAAUGGCUUUUACUGUGACCAAUUCAAACCCAAUAGCAAAAACAGUCCUAAAAUUUGGACUGAGAAUUGGACUGGCUGGUUCAAGAAAUGGGGAUCAAGGGACCCAUUGAGAACAGCUGAGGAUGUAGCAUUUGCUGUUGGACGUUUCUUCCAAUAUGGUGGUUCCAUGCAAAAUUACUAUAUGUAUCAUGGUGGAACAAACUUCGGUAGAACUUCGGGAGGUCCUUAUAUCACAACAUCUUAUGAUUACAAUGCACCACUGGAUGAAUAUGGGAAUAUGAACCAGCCAAAGUGGGGACAUUUGAAGCAACUUCAUGAACUUUUGAUGUCAAUGGAGAAAGUUUUGACCUAUGGUGAUGUUAAACACACUGAUUAUGGCCAUUUGACAACAGCAACAACUUACACCUAUAAGGGGAAAUCAAGUUGCUUCAUUGGAAAUGCAGAAAAUGGUGACAGGAAUAUAACUUUUGGAAAUAGAAUAUAUAAUAUUCCUGGUUGGUCUGUCAGUAUUCUUCCCGACUGCAAAUUUGAAGUUUACAAUACUGCAGAGGUAAACACUCAGACAACAAUAAGGGAGAAGGUUUCAAGCCAAGACGGAAAAAUAAAAAAGCCAUUCAAAUGGCAAUGGAGAAACGAGAAAAUAGAAUAUAUGACACAAGAAGGUGUAGUUGAUGGAAGUGUUAUCACUGCUAAUAGGCUUCUUGAUCAAAAGGUUGCCACAAAUGAUUCCAGUGAUUACUUGUGGUACCUCACAGGUUUCCAUCUUAAGGGAUCCGAUCCACUUUUUGGCAAGACAGUAAAACUACGUGUUAAGACUCAUGGCCAUAUACUUCAUGCCUUUGUCAACAAGAAGCAUAUUGGGUCACAGUAUGCUCCAAACGGCCAAUAUGACUUCACAUUUGAGAAGAAAGUUAGGAAUCUAAGGCAUGGACUCAACCAGAUUGUUCUAUUAAGUGCAACAGUUGGAUUACCUAAUUAUGGAGCACAUUUUGAGAAUGCUGAGACAGGAGUUCAUGGCCCAGUUGAAUUGGUUGCUGAUGGAGAAACAAUAAGGGAUUUGUCAACCAAUGAAUGGACUUACAAAAUUGGUUUGGAUGGUGAAAAAUAUGAAUUUUUCGAUCCUAAUCAUCAAUUUAGGAAGCCCUGGCUCUCUGACGAUCUCCCAGUAAACCAGAAUUUCACUUGGUAUAAGACCACUUUCCAAACUCCUAAAGGACGUGAAGGAGUGGUGGUGGAUUUACUGGGCAUGGGAAAGGGGCAUGCUUGGGUAAAUGGAAAAAGCAUUGGAAGGUACUGGCCAAGUUAUCUUGCAAAUGAAAAUGGCUGCUCUUCAAAUUGUGACUUCCGUGGGGCUUACUACGAUAGCAAGUGCGUCACUAACUGCGGAAAGCCUACUCAACGAUGGUAUCAUAUCCCAAGAUCGUACCUGAAUAAAGGCCAAGAAAACACACUGAUUUUGUUUGAAGAGUUUGGUGGGGUGCCAUUGGAUAUAGAUAUCCAGACAACAAGAGUGAAAAAAGUGUGUGCAAAGCCUUACGCAGGAAGCACAUUGGAGCUAUCAUGUCAUGAUCGAACCAUCAAAGAAAUCAAUUUUGUGAGCUUUGGGAACCCUCGUGGCACUUGCGACAAUUUCCAGAAGGGUACUUGUGAUUCCUCCACUGCCUUCUCAGUCAUCGAAAAGGCAUGUCUUGGAAAAAGGAAAUGUUCCAUUGAAGUUACAAAAAGUAAUCUUGGACAAACUGGUUGCAAGAAACAUAAUCGGCUCGCAGUUCAAGUUGCUUGUUAGGAUAUUUUUGCUUCUUAAGUUUUUAGGCUUAAUAUAAUUUACCCUUUUGUUUUUUUAGGUUUUCAGAUUUAAGACAAUUUUCCCUAUUGUUUUAGAUUUAUAG